CUUGCUCUAUCUGGACCAUACUCACACGUGGUCUGCCCUAGCAAUGGAAAUGCUGGCGUCUCUGCAGCUGUCGCUGCGCAUGCUUACGGACUAGGCUGCACCGUUAUUGUCCCCGAGACGGAGGCUGGUACGGAUGAGGCCUCAACUAGACGUCGACUUGCCUUGGAGGCGCCUCAGGCCAAACUUUUGAUAGCUCCAGGAUCGGGUGCUAAGUGGACAGAAUCUUUUGUUAAAGCCGAACAGCUAGUCUCUGAAAGAAACAGCUCUCUGAGUAGUCAUAACGGUGAAACAAUUGGGUUGACAAAGCUUGUACAUCCUUUUGAUUCUAGUGAUUUGUGGGAGGGGUAUGAGUCGAUUAUUGAGGAGCUUGCAGCCGACCUGGGCCAACCAGAUGCAAUAGUUGUCUCUGUCGGUGGCGGGGGUUUGCUUGCCGGUAUCAUACAGGGUCUGUGGAACCAGGGCUGGCAGACAACCCAUGUUAUCACAGCGGAAACUGAUGGUGCUGAUUGCUUGGCACAAUCGCUUAGGUUGGGCCAUGUUGUUCCAAACAUGCGAUGCUCGUCUAUUGCCACCUCUCUUGCUGCUUCUUAUCCUGCUCCGCGUGCUCUUAGCCUUGCUCAAUGCCACCAGGCACUAACUGCAUAUACUUGCUCUGACGCUAGUGCUAUCGACGCAAUAAAAAGGUUUGCAGAUGAUCAUGGUAUGCUGGUAGAGCCGGCCUGUGGAGCUGCCCUUUCCGCAGUCUACUCAGGUGUCAUUGGACGGUUGCAAGCUGAAGAUCGCUUACCGCGUGUUGUCACAGUCGUUGUUCUUGUUUGUGGCGGCCGUACAUCACUCUCCCUUCAGCAAAUGCAAGUUUGGGAUAAAAUGACUAGACAUAGUUCGGAUGCUGCUGUGAGUGGGGUCGACAGUGUUCUUCCUUUGCAUCAUCCCGGCACGUUAUUUGAAGCCGGUGCUCGGCAUAAUUUUGCACACUUGAAUUCAAACGCUGUACAGGCCUCUCAUCAACAUGCCGACUUGAAUGAGACCUUAAAACUAUCCGAUCUUACCUUGGGUGAUUUAUCACGCACUGGUUUUUCAUCCAAUCAUUUCAGUCCGACUGCUAAUCUCACCUCUACAGCACUUCGUUUAAAUGGUUUUCACCUUGGAGCUCCCGCGACCCAACAUUACUCUCACAUUCUCACGACGGGUCAACUUGGUCAACAGCGUCAGCGAAACGGCUCGAUUCAUUCCACCGCUUCAUCAAUUCACUCUUCUUCUGCUGACUCUGGAAAGGAUACAGCGUGUACUACCGGAAGCACGAACGGUGGAAUUGUCAGCAAUGGUGGGAAUAACCUCCCCCUGCAUCCGGACACUCUGGUCAACUUGGUCGGGUUGCUGUCAACUGGAUCUAUUGAGAAUGAUUCCCACGUUUCCCAUCGCCAGGACGAUUGUAUAAUAAAUGCCAAAGAGGCUCUGUCAGCGCAGGCCGAGCUCAAUCACAUUAGAACAGAUAAGCUAGUGAAUGAUAUAUUGAAUAAUGGUGUAGCGGAUGAUGAUCAAGCUUUUUCUACUGAUUCCUCAGUCCAUCUUGCUCUUGAGGACAAACAUUAG